AAAUUAUCCGUUCUUAUAAUUCCUUUCUAUAUGUACAUGGCGUAGGUAAAGUUAUACUAGUUUACCAUGCAGAUAUUUGUGAAGACUCUUACAGGCAAGACUAUUACUCUUGAAGUUGAGGCAUCAGAUACUAUUGAAAAUGUCAAGGCAAAAAUUCAAGAUAAGGAAGGAAUUCCACCUGAUCAACAGAGAUUAAUUUUUGCUGGGAAACAAUUAGAAGAUGGCAGAACUUUAUCAGAUUAUAAUAUUCAAAAAGAAUCUACAUUGCAUUUAGUGUUACGUUUAAGAGGUGGUGCUAAAAAACGCAAGAAGAAGAAUUAUUCUACUCCAAAGAAAAUCAAGCAUAAGAAAAAGAAAGUUAAGCUUGCUGUACUCAAAUUUUAUAAGGUGGAUGAAAAUGGAAAAAUUCAUCGACUAAGAAGAGAAUGCCCCAUGGAACACUGUGGUGCAGGAGUUUUUAUGGCUGCAAUGGAAGACCGUCAUUAUUGCGGCAAAUGCAGUUAUACUCUUGUAUUUAAUAAGCCAGAAGAUAAAUAAUGUGAAAACGUAUAAUUUUACUUAAUUAAAUAAAUGUGAUUAACUAAAUAAAUUGUGAACAUGAA